GGGGGGGGGGGGGGGGGGGGGGGGGGGACAGAGACAGGGCACAGAGAGGGCGAUGGAGUCCCGGGUUGGAUGACCACGUGCCCGGCUCUGUGUCCCUGUGCUCGUCCCAGUCCCCUGCACGAGGGCCUCUCCUCGCAGCCUCCACGAGCCGGGAAUAACCACUGAAGCCCAUUAGGCUGUCGUGGGGUUUAAAUGGGAUCAUCCCACGGGAGUCCUCGGCCGAGCACCUGGCCAAUCGCACCUUAAUAAAUAAAAUGAUUUCACAAACAAACAAGCUUCUGGCUGAGCUCCAGACACCGCGGCCUCACUGUCUUGCUUUGAGGGCUGAAGGGCAUCUCUCCCUGAACUGGACCACCUCCAAUCAUCUCUGCCUCCGCCCCAAGCUGCUCCCCGCUCCCCCUCCUCCCUGCUCUUCCCCCACUCAGGGCACAUGGGAUGGAGCCCCCCAGCUGCUCAGGCAGCAUCCUUGGCCUCAUCCCUAACUUCCACUCAGUCCCCACCUUUGCUUCACUAGCAAAAUUUGUCAGCUCCACCUCCACGUUAAAUCCAGAACCACCCACUGCCCCUACCCUGGUCUGACACACCCUCCUCUCCUCCAGGACCAGCGCAGUCACCUCCUCUGGCUCCCUCUGCGGUGGUCUCCACGCGCCCGCCAGAGGGCGCCCGUCAACACCCAAGUCAGCUCAGUCCCUUCUGUGCUGCGAGCCCUCCCGGGACGCCUGACUCGCUCAGAGUCAAAGUUCACCUUCUCGCUGCGACCGCACAUCUGGCUGCCCUCCUGCUCUCAUCUCUCCUGCCCUCUCCUCCUCGCUCACCUCGCUCCGGCCCUCCUGGUCCCCUCCUCUCUGUUCCUCACCCCCACUCCACCCCCGAGCCAGCUUCUGCCAGGUCUGCAAAGCAAUGUCUGAGAGUGUGACAUGCGUCUUUCUCUCACUGAAUCCCCACGGCAACCAGGCAGAAAUCGAGAGAAAAGAAAGCCCCACGGCUCUAGAGCUCAGCUGACGGAAAGGAGAGUGUGCAGCUGCGAGUUCGAGAGCUCCCGGAGCCCAAAGACGGGGGCCGGACCAUGGGAACCCACAAGCCGCUGAUCCUGCCCUGGCUGGUGUCGCAGCUGGACCAGGGCAGGCUGGAGGGCGUGGCCUGGCUGGACAAGGGCCGCACGCGCUUCCGCAUCCCUUGGAAGCACGGCCUGCGGCAAGAUGCCCAGCAGAAGGACUUCGGCAUCUUCCAGGCCUGGGCCGAGGCCAGCGGUGCCUACACUCCAGGGAAAGAUAAGCCCGACCUGCCGACCUGGAAGAGGAAUUUCCGGUCCGCCCUGAACCGGAAGGAAGUGUUGCGUUUAGUCGACGACCGGAGCAAGGACCCCCAGGACCCGCACAAAGUCUAUGAGUUUCUGACCCCAGCGUUUAGGGACUUGGCUCAGCCCGACACCUCUCCAGACACCGGUGGCAGAUGGAGUACCUGUGACACCCCCAAAGCUACUGUGGAGGAGUUACUGAGUGACAUGACUUUAGACCCAUUCCUCGAUGGGGGGCCCCUGAGCCUGGCUCUGGCUCCUGAGCACCCCCCUCAGCUCUUGCUGAGCCCCAACCUAGACAUUCCUGGCCCCUGCCCGAAUGUGGAACCCGCUGAAAACCCACUGAGGCAGCUGUUGGUGCCCGAGGAUGCGUGGGAGUUCGAGGUGACCGCCUUCUACCGGGGCCGACAAGUGUUCCAGCAGAUGGUCUUCUGCCCAGAUGGCCUGCGACUGGUGGAGCCCGAAGCAGCCGAUGGGACACUGCCUGGGCAGCCAAUAAGACUGCCAGACCCCGGGGUGUACCUGACAGACGGGGACGUGAUGAGCCUUGUGAAGCGCGUACUGAGCAACCUGGGCGGGGGACUUGCCCUCUGGAGGGCAGGGCAGCAGCUCUGGGCCCAGAGGCUGGGGCACAGCCACGUGUACUGGGCCAUGGGCGAGGAGCUGCUCCCCGACAGUCACGGGCCCAGUGGUGAGGUCCCCAAGGACAAGGAAGGAGGUGUGUUUGACCUGGGGCCCUUCGUGGCAGAUCUGAUUGCCUUCCUUGGAGGAAGCAGACGCUCGCCACACUACACCCUCUGGUUCUGCUUGGGGGAGUCGUGGCCCCAGGACCAGCCAUGGACCAAGAGGCUCGUGAUGGUCAAGGUGCAGCAGCCCUGGGCUCCAGGAGCUGAGGGGUGGAUCUUACCAUGGGGAGGAGGUUGUUCCCAGGGACUACAAUUCCCAGAAGCCCACGUGGAAACUACAACUUCCAAGAGUCUUUGUAACCACCAGUUCCUUACCCCCGGGAGCUUCUGGGUGUCCCUCCCAUGACCUAACCCCCAGAUCCUGUUUUGAGCUCUUGAAACUAUGUGGAAGUUGGGGGACUACAAGUCCUAACAGCCUCUGUGAGGAACUACAGCUCCCAGGAAUCCUGACCCCAAACUGCUCAGCUCUACCUUCUGGGAACCCCACUAACAGCCUCAGCCCUGGGAACCUUCUCUGAUCUCCCAUGUUUGUGACUAUGGGGGAAACUACAACUCGCAGCAGUCUUGGGCCUAAUGGUUCAUCCUGGGGUACAGUGGGGCCUGCUGGGAGUUGUAGUCCAUUCCCCCACCACCACCAGCAGUGUUGGGUGUCUCCCCGACUCGCAUUUCUCCCCCACCUGCUGCAGGUUGUUCCCACAUGCCUCAAGGCCCUGCUAGAGAUGGCGCGGAUACAGGGUGCCUCCUCAAUGGAGACCACUGUGGACCUGCACAUUUCCAACAGCCACCCCCUCUCCCUCACCUCAGACCAGUACAAGGCCUACCUCGAGGA